UGAACGAUACUCAUCCCUACUUAUUUAUGCUUCUCCCGGUGCCGGCGCCUCAUUGUUAUAAUCUAUCGCGGCAGUGGACAUGUCUUCCAACUGGAUCAUUGCCUGUUAUGCUUUGCUCUUUUAUGCCGAAGCCGUUCUCGGGUCUCCCUUGAUGACGCUGCCAAUCUCCACAAGGAGAUCCAUACCAAGAGAUCGUACGGCUGAAUGGGCCCAGCACCAAGUCGCACGCGUACAAAGCAAACUACGCGCCGCUGCGAACAACUGGCACGCCCAGGGGGAUUCGUAUUUACGUACUCGCGACGUCCACCUGAACGCUCGUGAGGAUACAUUUGCUUUUGGCAUGCAGAAUCUCGUGGAAUUCUGGGGAGACUUUGUGGAUACCGCGUAUUACACAUCUGUAGACGUAGGCACGCCGCCCCAAACAUUUACUGUCGUUGCCGAUACGGGCAGUGCGGAUUUCUGGCUUGGUGCGCCUGGCAGUCUCGGUAUGCCUGUUACUUUCGACCCGACUUCGUCAUCGACCUACAAGAAUCUGUCUACCCCUAUACACAUAACCUACGGGAAAGGCCAAUUUAAUGGCACGCUUGGCACCGACACCGUAUCAGUGGCCGGCUUAACCGUUAAAAAUGCGGUGGUUGAGUCCGGGGUUGUCGACUCUAGCGCGUUCGAAUUCAGGAAGAUGUCUGGUAUCAUGGGCUUCGGCUGGCAGGGAUUGUCGCGGUCGAAGAUGCCCACAUUUGUCGAGCAGCUGAUGCAGACGAGCUCGCUGCAGAGCAACGUGUUCAGUUUCUACCUGGGAAGAGGUGUGGACAAGCUCAGCCCAGGGCAGGGUCGAGGUAACGGGACCCUCAAUGCCGGCACCCUCGCAAUCGGCGGCACAGUUUCUUCUACAUAUACAGGCGACAUUGAUUACUUCCCGAUCGUCCAGAAGGCGCAUUGGGUCGUUCAGGCGGAUGGCAUGUCAGUGAAUUCUCAAGUCGUACCGGGGACGACCGGGGUCCAAGCGAUGAUGGAUACAGGCACAUCCUUGAUCGUAAUGCCGAAUGCAACUUGGCAGGCACUCGCUACUGCCAUUGGCGCGAAACCUGGUCCCGGGAACCUGCUUGUGCGCAACUGCACAUCAUUACCCGUUGUCGCUUUGAGGAUUGGCGGGAAGGACUACAGCAUCGCGACCGAGGACCUGGUACUCGAUGCCAUCGAGAUCAACUCUCAGCAACUCUCGGACAAGUAUGGCUUCGCGCAGGGUACCACGGCGUGUUUGCUGCCCUUCGUUGGUGGUCAGCAAUCUACCGAGGUGAACGAAACGGCGCCUCUGAUGAUUAUGGGCGACUCCUUCCUCAAGUCAUGGACUUCCGUGUUCGAUGUCGACAACGCCAGAGUGGGGCUCGCAGCCGCGUCGCCCGCAAGUUCGUUCAACAGCACCGCGGAUGUUGUCAAUUUCAAGCUCAAACAGGAGGGAUACAAGAAUUUCAAGAGUUCUUCUGGGCUGGAGGGCAUGUGCAGGCCCGGUCAGGCGUCCAUCGUGAUGAUGACGACUCUUACUGCUGCUUUCGCAUCCGGAAUAUUCGUGUUCUAGACGUCUUUGUUACGCUACAGAAGGCGUAUAAUAUAUCCGAAUCCUGCAAACCGAUCAUGUAGCUCGUUACGGAGGUGCCUAAUGUCAUACUGCUGCGGUCGUAGGCGAAAG